AUGGCUGGUAAAGCGAAAUCGGUUCUGAAGGUGGAGGUGUUAUCCAAUCAGAGCCCUCCUGAGAGCCGCCAUGUCCGCCUACACGCAAGCGCGCAGCUGGACCUGCAUGACAAGCACCUCCAAUACGUCAACGAUGCCCUCAAGAAGUGGAAAGAGCUGAUGCGUAAACCCGGCUUCCGAGGAAAACUCGAUUGGAAGCAAAUCAAAGAGCGUCUUGAAGCAGAAGCAAAGCGUUCGGACUUCGAAUCCAUCGCCCAGGCUACACAGCGCCUCAAAGACAAGAUUCAGGCCAUUGAGCGGCAGCUUCUGGUCAUCGCCCGACAAGCUCGCAUACUAUCCGAUGUCGAACCCAUCAAGACCCUGAAGACUAUUGGGGGCGAUCAAACCGUCAAAGAAAUGAUGCAGAUGUUCGCGAAACUCGCUAAACGCCACCCAGUCAUUUGGUCACAAAUUCAGUUGCAGGGAGAGUACAGCAAAUACGGAGAUGACGCAUUCGCAUCGAUGCUCAACCGCGUCGACGCACUACGUGGCGAGUCUACUGCGAACAUGGAGCGGUGGCAAACUCGGCUGGAAGAGCACAACGAGGCUGCGAUACAAUGGGAGGAAGACAGAGACCGACUUCAGCAAGAAUUGAAUGCGGCCAACGAGAAGAUCCGGGAUUACGAGACCACAACACGCAGCCACGACGAAGACGACAUUGAGAAACUUCAACGAUUGGAAGACGAGCUCGAAGAAGAAAAAUGCAAAGUCCAGCGACUUCAAACUGCGGCAGAGAAGGCCGAGAAGCAGCAUGCCGCCGAAGUCGAAAAGAUGGACAAGAAGCUUGAGCAGGCGCUACAGAAGUCCGCCCCUCGAGCAGAACAAUACAGACCAGUGAGAGUCGUCGGCCCAGCGCAGAGAUCUGACGACUACUCGGACAUUGAGGUUCGACGCUACAAGAAGGACGCCCGUGAUGCGAAGGAGUCCGAAGAGAAGCUGCACAAUUGGAGCGGCAGACAGGAGCUCAGCAUGCCUCCAAAGAAUCCUUUGGCACCAACGGAGCGCGAGUACUUCCGCGAUUCUCUCUACGCUUUGCCAUCUCGCGAUGGUCAGACGACAGGUAUUCCCGUUGUUGACUCACAUUUCGACAAAGUGCAAGCAGGAAUUGCCAGUAUAGAGCAACAGCUCGGUGUCGAACGUGAGAAGCGUGAAGCUGACAAAAAGCGGGAUGCGGAGGAGCGCGGACGCCUCCAGAGCGAAUUCGAUAACGAAUUGGCCAAGAUGCGAGAUGCUCAGUCCGAAAUCAAAGUCAGCGACGGCCAUGUCGUCCAAUUCGGGGCUGAAUGCGCAGCGAAGUGGGGAGGGUCUCAAAUCCAGAUCAAAACACACGCUAAACACCUCGAGGUCGACGCCGAACUGCGUAAUCUUCUCAACAAGAUUCAAGCACCCACCGAUCUCAUGCGCGCCGAGCUACGACGCGAAGUGAGCAUGCAGGAGGUCAAGUCCGGUCGGGAAGCCACUGUCAAGUCCAUCAGGAUGCAAUACAAGAAUGAAUCCACUUAUCGAUCUAUCGCAGACCUGACUUUGUGGCUUCUGCAGCACGUGGCGAAGAUGGACCGCAAACGAUCCGAUCUAGAUGCCGAAAUUCGAGCACUCAAAGCCAGGAUCGAAGACGACAAAGAAAAUCGUCAGGUCGCCAUCAAUGCUGUUCGAGAGAUUGAACUCAAGGCCAUAUCCAAUGACCGGGAGAAGAGUCUGGCGGCGCUGAAGGAUGCACAAUCGAAGAUCUCGGAGCUCAACGAAAGUCUUCAAGAGCAUCGCACGUCGUCCGAGGAGCAGAACAUAGAAGCGACAAAGCAGGUGACUGGACUCGAGGGGCAGAUUGCUCUUCAGAAGAACCAGAUUGAGGUGGCUGGUCGGGCGUUGCGUCACGCUCAGGACACGAUCAAGGCUCGUGACGGUGAAAUCAAAACAUUGUCUGAGACAGAGGCUGUCAAUCGAAGCAAGAUCACAGGUCUGGAGACCGAACUCCGCCUGGUGCGUGAAAAGGGUGACGCAAUGCAGGAGCAACUCGAUAAGUUGGAAGUCGACAAGGCGGAGGGAGAUAGGAAGCUGGAGCAGAUGAGAACGGACCUUACCACCGCGCAGUUGCAGAGUGCCGGCGCCGGCGACGUCGAUAAGCUGAUGGGAGAGCUCAGAGGUUCCUAUUCUGCGCGCAUCGAGGAUGGCAAGAGGCGAGUGGAUGACCUUUCUGCCGAAAUCAAAGAAGCUCGGAAGAAAGCGGACGAUCUGGAGGCGGCAAAAUCUGCCCUUGAAGUCGGCAAGGCGGAGCUUGCAAAGGACGUCAUUCAAUGGAUUGGAAAGUACAACGAUGCGCGGUCUGCUUUCAACGACAAGGUGGACGAGCUGAACGCUGCCGUGCAGGAAAAGGCCGAGGUCGAGAAAGCGAAGACCGCAAUAGAGUGA